AGCCAAAAGGUCGUUAAGAUAUACUCUAAUUCUAAUUGGGAAUUAAUUGAAAGCUUUAUCGACAAAUCUAUGUAAUUACAAAGUACAUACUCCCUGUGGAUUAUUAAGUAUAAAAGCCGGCUAAUAAACUCUUCUAAGUAUUAUCCAUCCGUGAAAACAGGAUAUAAGAACAGCUGUGAUCAUGGAUCCGGAAGCAUUUUUGGAUGUGGCCAAUCAGGUCAUUAAGCUAAAAAUGUUUCCGUUUUUCGAUAUCGCGCACAGUUUACUUGCAGCGCUGGCCGUACGCGAGGAUUUGGGCGCCAAUGCACAGGCAUUCUCCAGGAAACAUCCGCUUGCCUGUUGGCUAUCAACUAUGCUGGUAAUAUUUGCUGGCGGCAUGGUGGCCAAUGGAUUGCUUGGUGAACCAAUUUUGGCACCACUCAAGAAUACCGGACAGCUGUUCGUUGGCUCAGCCGUGUGGUACAUUGUAUUCUAUACACCAUUCGAUAUAGGCUAUAAAAUUGGUAAAUUUUUGCCAGUAAAAAUCGUGGCUAGUGCAAUGAAGGAGAUCUAUAGGGCCAAGAAAGUGUACGAUGGCGUUGGACAUGCUGCCAAGCUAUAUCCGAAUGCCUGGAUAAUCAUGAUCAUAAUUGGUACACUGAAGGGCAACGGAGCUGGAUUCACCAAAUUGAUAGAGCGUCUUAUUAGAGGGGCGUGGACACCAACGGCAAUGGAAUUCAUGCAGCCAUCAUUCUAUACCAAAGCCUCGUUGUUAGCAUCUAUCAUCUUUGUAUUGGACAAAAAGACCGAUUGGAUCUCAGCACCACAUGCAUUAGUUUACUUUGGCAUUGUUAUAUUCUUGGUAUACUUUAAGCUAUCAUCUAUCUUAUUGGGCAUCCAUGAUCCCUUCCUGCCAUUGGAGAAUCUUAGCUGUGCCAUUUUCUUUGGCGGCAUUUGGGAUAGUUUGGCCAAAAUUUUGGGACGUGGUCAGGCCAAGGAUGGCGAUAGUAAGGAUGUUAAGAAGAAUAACUAAACUAAUUUGUAACUAGCUCAAGAAGUACUAAAAAAAAACAACAACAAAAACAAAACAAAAAUGAGAAAGCUGCCAACCAAAGCAACAAACUAUAAAACAUAAAUUAAUCCAUAAAUACUAAAGAAAUGAAAGUCUUCCCAACUAUCCCCCAAAACUCACCAAUAAGUCCUCCAUAAGUUUCACACAUAUAUAUUUAUAUGUAGACAUCCAAAGAAUUGAGUUAAAGACAUUAUAGUAGGAUCCCCAAUCUGGAUAUCCUCAAUCCUUUCGAACCUCAAAAUCAUUUUUGAUGAUUUAUGGGCAGCAAGUGGGUGUGUCUGCCCAAUCAUUGACUCUGAUUUCGCAUUACCAAACAAACGACGUUGAAAUUCACGAAACAAGAAUUUAAGAAAAACAAAAAACCUUUUUAGUAAGAAAAGGUAUUCAUGGGUAUUUCAUCUCUUUUUUUUUUUAAUUGUUCGCAUAGAAAGUAUUCUCUCCGUAGGGAAAAACAACACAACGUGUAAAUAUUAGCAAAUGCCAUAUCCGAAAUUUGUUUUUUCUUCUUUUUUUUUUUUACACAUAACAUUUAAGUUCAUUUACACGUACUUACAAACAUAAUCGGUUGACUAAAAGCACACGCAUUAUAAUGCCUAGAAGCUUUUUGUAAGAGAUAUGAUAUAAUUUUUAUUGGUUGCAAUAAAUCUAUGUAAAUUACAUAUAAUUUAGAAAAA